AUGUCUCUAGCUGCCGUUCUUGCUAUCGGCACGCUUAUUCGUGUGGUUGUGCCUUCGCUAUUUCCUCGUAUAACUGACGCAUUGGCCUCGACGGUGGAAACGUCAACACCCAUAGACUCUUUCAGGUCGAUCCAAGAAGCCUUCUACUUGUUGAAGAACGACUUAGACGUGUAUGAUGGCGGUGUCGUGUACCAUCCGCCUUUACUUGUUUCAUUGUUGAAUUUAGUCAACGAUGCAUUCCCCGAAAAUUACGUCUUCAUCGUGUUCAAUAUCUUGUAUGCUAUAGUUGAUUUGGGUAUAGCUUGCAAGCUCAUACGGGCGAAUCAGUGGUACGAACAGCACCAGCGGAAAAGAAGCAAGAUUGAGGGUCUGCCUUUCAGCUCGACUUUUAUUGCGGCGUUUUACUUGUUCAACCCGCUCAUGAUAUUGACCAAUUGGUCUCAUUCGACUGCGGUCUUCUCAUACUUCCUCAUUAUCGAGCUGGUAGUUCAGGUUGUCGUUGAUCACAACCCUUUCAGGGCAAUGAUAGCUCUUGCGGUUGGCGCAUACUUGUCAUUGACACCAGGCUUCCUUGUGGUGCCAGUCAUUGCCCUUGCUUUCACUGUAUCUGCAGACCGUGACUACACAAGAUUGGCGGUGCAAUGCAGCGCCAUCUUCAUUGCUUCAAUGGCUACAUUGCUUCUGCUCUCAUUCAUCCUUUCUGGGACUCCUGACUUUUUCUACCAGUGUUACGGUAACAUUCUAUUUUUCGACAAGUUCUCCCCCAACAUGGGUCUCUGGUGGUAUAUAUUUACCGAGAUGUUUGACUUCUUCACCCCGUUAUACAAGGGCAUAUUCAACUUGUACCAUGUCAUUUUUGUUGUGCCCAUAACAGUGAGGUUUUUUGAAAGAGAAAGUGAACCGCAGAUUGGUGACUCCUUCUUGGCUGUCGUAAUGGCACACACAUGGCUUUCAUUUUCAAAAUCAUACCCUAUUAUUGGCGACCUAGGCUUUGUGUUGUCGAUGUUGCCUAUCUUCAAGAAUACAGUCAUACCACACACAAAGUUCAUGCUAAUCAAUGCGUUGACGCUCAUCAUUUGCUUGCUCCUAGCACCGAUCUUCUACUACUGUUGGAUUGUGUUGGGCAACGGAAAUUCCAAUUUUUUCUUUAGCAUGAGUUUGAUCUGGGGUGGCGUUUACAUUGUCAUCUUCCUUGACUUCAUCUGGGGUCGUCUAGUGUUUGACUACAUCCAGACUAAUGAGGUGAAGGACAGAAAGGCCCUCCGAUUGACACAGAUUUAA